ACAUGUUUGCGCAUGACAUUUUGUCAUAUUUAGAUCCAGAUCUUUGUUUUGUCCCAAUUUGAUAAAAGGAGAGACAUUCUUUUUAUUUAUAGCAGAAAAUAGGUUUAAGUGGAUUUUGAACAUGAACUGGUUUAUUUGUUGUUGCAUCUUAACAUUGGUGCUUAGAAACGAUAAUGUCGUUUCUGCUUUUAUUUUUGGCUCACCCCACAGUUCAGAGUCAUGUGACCACUUCCCUGAAUACAACAAUCUUAUAAAAACAUUACAACAUAACCCGUGCAUAAGUGAUACCCAAAUUUGGCAGAUGUUGACCCCUCUACAUUACAAAAGCCAUACCUGUCUACGACAACUAAUCACCAUAGCAGCUGGGUACGUCGAAAGUCACAAUAUUGAUGGAACUGGAUGUCAUUGUUCACAUAAGUUUGACCGGGAGCACGUGCACAGUAUAGGACACAAUCACGAUAAUUAUUGGGCCUGCGUGAGACACAAUUCAAAUUGUGAAUACUUGUACAAUUACUUUUAUCUGCGAUUAGGCCAGACACAUGCAAAGUCUCAAUGCCAGUCUAAUAGUCACGUUUGGACACAUCUGAGGGACAUCAGGAACAUUCUUGGAGUAGAUGCCCAGACGGAAAUUAUCCUGCACCUUGCUCAAACAUUUUCCAAAGGACAUGAAAAUGUCUGCACAUGCACAAAAGGUUAA